AUGUGCAUGACGUCAUCGAUAAGAACGGUAGACAUCUUGUACCAUUCAAUUUGACAUGCGUGCUAAGGACAGAUCUUCCACACAGUUACUUUUAACUACACAUUGGUGAUGUACGCCAGACUAAUUCUUUUCUUUUUCUACGUGGUAGUACGUUUGCGUGCAGAUCAAGCACUUAACGAUAGGGCACGUGGUAGCGAGAUCGUAAAUACCGUGGUAGAUCGUAUACGUAAUGCGUGCAUCUUCCUUCGAGGUAACUUGUUCUUACGACGCCUGGCCUAUGUGGAGAGCGCGGACGGAACAGACCCGAAGACCUUUAGAUCGGGUUACUAUGGGGGGAUCUGGCAGAUAGACGAGACCAAGUUCCGCGCAACGACAAACUGUUCAGCCCGUUUGCUCCCCAAAUGCUUGGACAUCUUGCGCGAGUUCUCCAUCGACUGGAAGCGGGUACCGUGGCGGGCCUUGCUGAAGCCCCUCUACUCUGCCCUGGCCGCCUCCCUGUACACGCUCCUAACAGUGGGGCCGGACGGGGUGCCUCCCGAUCCCCCGGGGCAGCAAGUCUUCUGGAGGGACGCCUUCCAUGACGGCAUAUUACCCUACAGCUACGUCGACAGAGUGCACGUCAUGCCAGACGUGUGCUCCAGUAGACAACUCGACGUGGUGUUUGUUGUGGACAGUUCAAGCAGCGUGGACAGCAUCGACUUCUACAGGACGCUUGACUUCGUCAAGGAUGCCGUCACGACUCUCUUCCGGUCAAGCCCAGACACCAGGAUCGCCGUGGUCAAGUAUAGCAGCUUCGCCAUGGUGGAGUUCCACCUGGAUCGCUACCAUACAGCCGCACAGAUCAGCAGCUACCUCGACAACAUGGUGUACGUCCCCGGCGGUUCCAACAUCGCUGAAGCCAUCAAUGUCACCAUCCAUGACGUCUUCAGUGCCGGAAAUGGCGCCAGGCGGGAGGCCUCUAAGAUCGCCAUUCUCAUAACAGACGGAAGGUCGAAGAGCUCAAACGCCACCAUUACAGUCGGCCAAGACGUCCACAAAGCCGGGAUCAGGGUCUUCACUAUCGGGGUCGGCAGGGUCAACAUCCGGGUACUGAACGCACUGGCGUCGGCACCCACGUGUAACCACGUGUAUUUGCUGCCCACGUUCGCUCACAUUAGCGACAUCGUGUACGACGUUCUGCAAGGGUCUUGUGCGGCUCCAGCUAUCCGGGUCCUGCGCUGCAACACGACGACGGAGAUAGUGCGGUCAAGCCUGCCUGACCAGGGACUCAAGAAACACUUCCAUCUGACGAGUGAUGACAUGGUCGACUGCAGCAACACCAACAACUACUUACAGGUGGCUGUCGACUGCGGAGUCGUCCACAUAUACGGCUCCUACAGCAGCCCCCGACCUAGUCUGGCUUCCAACGACUUCACCUACACCGUCACGAAGCCCCAUCCAGCAGAACUACUCCUCCAACACAACCGGCCAUUCUAUCUCACCGUGGAAGCGCUGAAACUCGCCACGGGCGUCGCCAAGAUGGCGUCGUGUCUGUCUGCGAACAUCAGCAUCGCUGUGAAGAACGGAGUCCACAGUGGUUUUAACGAUUCUCUGCCGAUGAGUUUACCCAACGCGUCUUCGACGUCAGAUGCACAAGGAUGUCAGGGCAAUGCCGAUGGUUGUCCGCAGGUGCAGAAACAACAGCUUUGUACACCAGACCUAGACAAAAUCAAGCCGCCCGCCAACCCCUGCCCAAGGGAGAACAUCCACGGCCACGCCCUAUCCUUCAUCCACCCAUUCGAUAAAACCAAGUUUAUACUUUGUGACCUAAGCGGGAAGAUGUACAUAGCUCAGUGUCCCCCGGGGGAAGCCUAUGACGUCAUAUCUCAUGGCUGCGGGUCGGCUAUAUCCGCCAUGACACUUCCAGGUCGUCAUAUACUGAGCAGGAACACAUCCAACCCUUGUACUGCGCGAGACAUCAGAGACGGAACGUUUCACUUCACCCACCCCGACCCCGACAAAUUCAUUCAGUGUGAUGUAUGGGGCAACCCGUGGGUGCAGCUCUGUCCGAGUUCCCUCGUCUGGGAUCAGAUCCAACAGACGUGUGUCCGUCAGGUGCUUCUGUCGUCCAAAACAACGACAGCUACGUCAGUUGACGUUAAAUCUCCAGCGCUGACCCUGGCGUCGCCAACCAUGGAUCCAAAUAUCUGCCAGCACCCUGACGGAGCAGGGUUCUACGCCCAUCCCGACCCCACAAAGUACAUACAGUGCCUCUUGGGACAGAAGCUCGUGCUGCGGUGUCCCCCGGGGCAGCUGUGGAGCGAGUAUCUGACGUCAUGCGUCAUGUCAUAAGUUGCGACAUCAAAACAUUGGAAUGAAAAUCACCAUUUGAUUAGAAAGGUAUACGUCGUUUAAUGCGAUGAUGAAAGUGUUGUAACGCAAGAUGAUAAAAGGUGUCUAAAACGUAUUUGGAAAAUCCUGAUGAGAAUACAAAACCUGUCGACAUAUGAGUAA